AUGGCCAUUUCCUCAAUAGGGCUACACAGGAAAAGCCAAACUAACCAGUUUCAAUUAUUAAUGGAGCAAGCAGAUAGCCGUAGCAACAAUGAGCAUGUUAUUGACAUAACGAGUAGCAGUGAUCCAUCCUCAUCAAGCAACCCCCAUGAUAGACCAGUCAAUAAUGUGCUGCAUGAACAAGCUGAACAUCCGCCAUCAACAAGCACAGCAGUUCCCGUCUCCCAACAUGCAUUUUCUUCUGCUAAUAGAUCAAACUUGAGGAACUCAUCAUUUGUUCGAAGAGGAAAUGGGCGCCGCCAUCGGAGUCCUCUUAAUUCCAUGCUAUGGAUAUCCAUCGAACUAGUCUUGACAUUAAGCCAAAUAAUUGCAGCAAUUGCAGUGUUGGCCAUAUCGAGGGAUGAGCACCCACGUGCUCCUCUAUCCCAAUGGAUCAUUGGUUAUGCAUCUGGGUGUGUAGCAAUCCUCCCUCUUCUCUAUUGGCGUUUUCGUCACAGAAAUCAGAAUUCAGAUCAGGAUUCAUCUCAGCAGCAACAGAUUUCUUCUCAGACUGAAGUCUCGGUCAGAUCUUCCUCAAGUACAAGGAGUUCAGAAGGCGAAGGUCGUCAGACAACUGGUACAGCUUCUACAGGUGGUCAAAGUAGUGGACUACGGAGCAGAAGGCUAAAGGCACUUGUUGAGUACUUCAAAAUGGCACUAGAUUGUUUUUUUGCAGUGUGGUUUGUGGUUGGCAAUGUCUGGAUAUUUGGCGGACACUCUUCUUCCUCUGAGGCUCCUAACUUGUACAGGUUGUGUAUAGUAUUUCUAACCUUUAGCUGUAUCGGGUAUGCCAUGCCAUUUAUCCUAUGUGCAACAAUCUGUUGCUGCCUCCCCUGCAUUAUUUCAGUCAUGGGCUUCAGAGAAGAUCUGACUCAAAACAAAGGCGCCACACCAGAAUCAAUUAAUGCUCUUCCGAUCUAUAAAUUCAAGAUAAAGAAAAACAAAAGUGGCAACAAAGAGGCUGCUGAAGGUGGGGUUGUGGCUGCAGGAACAGAAAAGGAGCGUGUGAUUUCAGGAGAAGAUGCGAAAAGAGUUGGGUGGCAACGUAAUUGCUGAAUCAAGGGAGAAGAAAGAUGUGAAGAGAAUAGUAGGUGGAGACUUGUAUCUAAGCUAUGUGUAGAGGGUUGCAGAGAUUAGCGUAGGAGUUGAGAGUUGGGUGAAACAAUCACAUAUUAACCUGAGAUAUCCUACAUCCAAAAUUUGCCUGAACUGCAGGGACACAUGGCCUUUUUCAAGAGAACAUGUUGAUAUUCCAGCUAUAUCCGUAGUGCAGUUUACUAUUAAGAGUAGAGAGACAGCAUGCUAUUCAUUUGCCUAAGAAUGUUUUGGAUUUCUGAGGUUACAUGCUCUGCUAAUAUGCAGAGACCAAUGGCCUUCUCCAAAACAGAACUUUUAGUACAAUCUUGUCUUCACAAUGCCUUUGAUUAUGUAAUUUUGUUUCCAUUUUCUAUUGUUUGACGUUAUGCUAUUUUUUUUUCUUUCUUUUGGACGUUGUUUGACGUCAUACCAACGCCAUUGUUUUUGGAAAAUUAGAGAAAAUAUAUAGUUUCUAAACCUCAGGUGUAAUGUAUGAUCACAAUGGUAGAGAUCACAAAGAUAGUUGCCAUUGCUGCUGCAAAAGCACUUGUUUAAUAGUGCACAGC